CUCCUCUUCCUCUCUGGUCUCCUCCCUCCUCUGGGCCGGGUUGCAAAUGGCUUCGUUCCCUGAGACCGACUUCCAGAUCUGCCUGUUGUGCAAGGAGAUGUGCGGUUCGCCCGCACCACUCUCCUCCAACUCGUCUGCAUCGUCGUCGUCUUCACAGACCUCUACGUCGUCGGGGAACUGCGGUGGCGGUAGCGUCCCUGGAGCCACCGCACGCCGCCUGCACGUCCUGCCCUGUUUGCACGCUUUCUGCCGCCCGUGCCUCGAAGCGCACCGGCUGCCGGCAGCGGGCGGUGGCGCUCCGGGAGAGCCGCUCAAGCUGCGCUGUCCCAUCUGCGACCAGAAAGUGGUGCUGGCCGAGGCAGCGGGUAUGGAUGCGCUGCCCUCUUCUGCCUUCCUACUCAGUAACCUGCUUGAUGCUGUGGUAGCCACGGCUGACGAGCCGCCGCCCAAGAACAACGGGCGUACGGGCGCACCGGCGGGCGCGGGUGGUCACAGCAACCACCGGCACCUCGCGCACCACGCGCACCCGCGUGCAUCCGCUUCCGCGCCGCCGCUCUCGCAGGCGCCGCAGCCACCCGUGCCGCCUCGCGCCGCGCCGGGGGGAUCGGCCGCCUCGCCGUCGGCGCUGUUGCUGCGCCGGCCUCACGGCUGUAGCUCAUGCGAUGAAGGCAACGCCGCCUCUUCGCGCUGCCUCGACUGCCAAGAGCACCUGUGCGACAACUGCGUCCGCGCGCAUCAGCGCGUGCGCCUCACCAAGGACCACUACAUCGAGCGCGGCCCACCGGGUCCUGCUGCCGCGGCUGCCGCCGCAGCACAGCAGCUCGGGCUUGGGCCGCCCUUCCCCAGCUCGCCCUUCUCCAUUCUCUCGGUGUUUCCCGAGCGCCUGGGCUUCUGCCAGCACCACGACGACGAGGUGCUGCACCUGUAUUGUGACACUUGCUCGGUGCCCAUCUGUCGCGAGUGCACGAUGGGCCGUCACGGAGGCCACAGCUUCAUUUACCUCCAAGAAGCGCUGCAGGACUCACGGGCCCUCACCAUCCAACUACUGGCAGAUGCCCAGCAGGGCCGCCAGGCAAUCCAACUGAGCAUCGAGCAGGCCCAGACCGUGGCAGAACAGGUGGAGUUGAAGGCAAAGGUGGUGCAGUCAGAAGUCAAAGCUGUGACAGCAAGGCACAAGAAGGCCCUGGAAGAGCGGGAAUGCGAGCUGCUGUGGAAGGUAGAGAAGAUCCGCCAGGUGAAAGCCAAGUCUCUGUACCUACAAGUGGAGAAGCUGCGACAAAACCUCAACAAGCUUGAGAGUACCAUCAGUGCGGUCCAGCAGGUCCUAGAGGAGGGCAGAGCACUGGACAUCCUGCUGGCCCGAGACCGCAUGCUGGCCCAAGUGCAGGAGCUGAAGACUGUGCGGAGCUUUCUGCAGCCCCAGGAAGACGAUCGGGUCAUGUUCACGCCCCCUGACCAGGCCCUGUACCUGGCCAUAAAAUCCUUUGGCUUCGUCAGCAGUGGCGCCUUUGCACCCCUCACCAAGGCCACUGGUGACGGCCUCAAACGAGCCCUCCAGGGUAAGGUGGCCUCCUUCACUGUCAUUGGCUACGACCAUGAUGGGGAACCCCGCUUAUCUGGGGGUGACCUGAUGUCUGCUGUGGUCCUGGGCCCCGAUGGUAAUCUCUUUGGUGCAGAGGUGAAUGAUCAACAGAACGGGACUUACAUGGUAAGCUACCGACCCCAGCUGGAAGGUGAGCACCUUGUGUCAGUCACCAUGUGCAAUCAGCACAUCGAAAACAGCCCCUUCAAGGUGGUGGUCAAGUCAGGCCGCAGCUAUGUGGGCAUUGGGCUCCCAGGCCUGAGUUUUGGCAGCGAGGGUGAUAGUGAUGGCAAGCUCUGCCGCCCAUGGGGUGUGAGUGUGGACAAGGAGGGUUACAUCAUCGUCGCUGACCGCAGCAACAACCGCAUCCAGGUGUUCAAGCCCUGCGGUACCUUCCAUCACAAGUUUGGUACCCUGGGCUCCCGGCCUGGGCAGUUUGACCGGCCAGCUGGGGUGGCCUGCGACACCUCACGGAGGAUCGUGGUGGCUGACAAGGACAAUCAUCGCAUCCAGAUCUUUACCUUUGAUGGCCAGUUCCUCCUCAAAUUCGGUGAGAAAGGAACCAAGAAUGGGCAGUUCAACUACCCUUGGGAUGUGGCGGUGAAUUCUGAGGGUAAAAUCCUGGUCUCAGACACACGAAACCACCGGAUCCAGCUGUUCGGGCCUGAUGGGAUCUUCCUGAAUAAGUAUGGCUUCGAGGGGGCUCUCUGGAAGCACUUUGACUCCCCUCGAGGGGUGGCCUUCAAUCAUGAGGGCCACUUGGUAGUCACCGACUUCAACAAUCACCGCCUCCUUGUCAUUCACCCCGACUGCCAAUCUGCACGCUUCCUGGGCUCAGAGGGCACGGGUAAUGGGCAGUUCCUUCGUCCGCAGGGCGUGGCCGUAGACCAAGAAGGCCGAAUCAUCGUAGCCGACUCCAGGAACCACCGUGUACAGAUGUUUGAGUCCAAUGGCAGCUUCCUUUGCAAGUUUGGUGCGCAGGGCAGUGGCUUUGGGCAGAUGGACCGCCCCUCAGGCAUUGCUGUCACCCCCGAUGGAAUGAUCGUCGUGGUGGACUUUGGCAACAAUCGAAUCCUCAUCUUCUAAUCAUGUUUUCUAGGCUUCUCUGUUUGGGCUGUGCGUUUGCGUCUCUGUCUUUCUCUUUUUCUCUUUUUGAAUUUCAAAGAAGAAACCGUCUCAGGGAAAUUUCUUUUUUUCUUUUUUUUAAAAGAGAACAAGAAAAGUACAACAUUGCUUAAGUCCUACCUCAUCUUUAUUUUUUUACAGAUGAAUGUACUUCUCUUUUCUGCAGGGAUUGAACCUGUGAAGUGAUCAUUUCUAUCUACCUCAUAAAGCUUAACGUUUCCUUCUCCAGCAGGCUCUGUCCCCUCCUCCCACUGCCCCUCUGGCCCCAUGUGGGGGUGCAAUGUGCACAAGCCAGGCAUCUAUAAGGCUGGGGGAGGGUACUGGCUAUGUUUGGUGGGAUGCAUUCUGUAGCUUGAGCCAACAAAACACAAAAAA